AUGACCAUCAAAUACUCCAGGGAGUCGAAGAACCCCUCGAAGGCCUGCAAAGCGCAGGGUGUCGACCUCCGAGUGCACUACAAGAACACCUACGAGACUGCACAGGCGAUCAAGGGCAUGACGCUGACGAACGCCAAGCAGUACCUCACAGACGUCUGUGAGAAGAAGAGGUGCAUCCCGUUCCGAAAGUACACUGGAUGUAUUGGCCGAACUCCACAGGCCAAGGAGUUCAAGAUGACUCAGGGCCGAUGGCCGGUCAAGUCGGCCAAGAUCGUCCUUGGGCUGCUUAGGAAUGCCGAGGCAAAUGCGGAGUUCAAGAACUUGGAGACGGAGAAAUUGGUCGUGGAGCAUGUCCAGGUGAACGCAGCGCAGCAGGGCCGCCGACGAACCUAUCGCGCACACGGUCGUAUCGGGCCGUACAUGAGUUGCCCGUGCCACGUGGAGCUGAUCUUGUCUGAGCCUCUGGAAGGCGUGGAGAAGGCAGACGAGGAGGUGAAGCCCAAGAAGUUCACACGAAAGCAGUUCGCGAAGCUCCGACUGAAGGUGGGCGGCGACCAGUGA